AUGAGUGAUUCCGAAUUGAACAAGUUGAAGGGAAAGUUCCUUGGCCAGAUCAAAGAAACGGAAGCCAAGAUUCCCGUUCUCGUUGUGAUUCGUAAUGGAGGAACUGGACGUGGCGACACCUUGUCUGGAUGCGAACUUAUCGCACCAUGUAUGGAUUUUUGGGUGGCGUUGCAACUACGCACUGCUCGCGCCUCUGGAUGGCGCGAUGAAUUGGCAGCACAUUUGGAAGCGUCAAGGUUCUGUUAUCCAACAGACGUCGUUGAUUCUAAGGCUGGAAAGGACGAGAUCAACCGCAUGCAGAAUGACCAUGAGUUGAAGUUCGAUAAAAGACCACAUAACCGACGGGUUCAAUAUUGGAAGAAAAUGUCUGUGAAAUACCCAUUUUCUUUUGAAUAUGAGGAACUCCUCAAUGAUUGGUUGCAAGUUAAGGUAUCAGAUUCAUGA